AUGAAAUCACAUAUAUCUCGCCGGCUUUUUCACACCACCAGGGCACUCUGCCAUGAGAACCCUCUUGGCCUCCCCCAGAAAGGCAGCAUCCCCCGUUUCCAACGCGGUCUCCCCACCAAACGCCCCAUCCGCGGCGCCGCGCACAUCCUCGCCGUCUCCUCCGCCAAAGGGGGCGUAGGCAAAUCCACCAUCGCCGCCAACCUGGCUCUAGCCUUCGCCCGCCUCGGCCUCCGCUCAGGUAUCCUCGACACCGACAUCUUCGGCCCAUCCAUCCCCACGCUGUUUAACCUAGCCGGCAUCGAACCGCGCCUGCACCCGGCCACCAACCAGUUACUCCCGCUGACCAAUUAUGGCGUGCGCACUAUGUCGCUGGGGUAUUUGCAGCCGGACGAGGCGGCGCCUGUGGUGUGGCGCGGGCCGAUGUUGUUGAAAGCGGUGCAGCAGUUGUUGCAUGAGGUAGAUUGGACGGGGGGUGAUGGUGGAGGUGGGGUUGAUGUGUUGGUGUUGGAUUUGCCGCCGGGGACGGGGGAUGUGCAGUUGAGUAUUGCGCAGCAGGUACCGGUGGACGGGGCGGUGGUGGUGACGACGCCGCAUGUGUUGGCGGUUAAGGAUGCGAUCAAAGGGGUGGGCAUGUUUGGGAAGGUUGGGAUUCCGGUGAUGGGCUUGGUGCAGAAUAUGGGGGUAUUUGCGUGUCCGUGCUGUGGUGAGAAAACGGCCGUGUUUGGGGGGAAUGAGAAGGUACUUAAGAUGUGCGAGGAGCAAAGUAUUGAGAUGCUUGGGGAUGUGCCAUUACAUCCGAGUAUUGGAGAGGAUGGGAGUCGCGGAAAGCCAACGGUGGUAGCCGAGCCCGAGUCUCCAAGGGCGGCUGUAUUUAUGGAUGUUGCGCGGAAACUGGCGGGGAAAAUGGGAUUGGAGGUCAGUUAA